UGUAAACAACAAAAAGAACAAAAAGUAAAUAUUGCCUAUUUUCCAGGGCGAUAUUUGGUUUGAUCUGGCAGAACACUUUUGAAUCAAAAGUUUUUGAUGUUAUAUUCAUUUACUUGUCGUUAUAACCUCCAUUUUGAGACGAAAGAGGACUUAUCAAACCCCGAUGGCUGAAUUAAUAGAAACCAGAUUUCGCGAGGCUGGCCGCGGUUGUGGGGCGUUAUAUGUUCGCUUGAAACCGAUAUUUGAGUAUGUUGUUGAUUUGCUAAUGAUCGCUUACCAGUGCUAUGAUUGUGUUAGUGAUGGAAUAAACGUUCAUGCCUACUAUGAAGGCGAUUCCUUGGACGUUAGCAGCCGUGAUGACCGUGUUUAUCGCGCCUUUUUGUUCAGCCUUUUAGUCAGCUGUGUGUGUGCCCUGGCAAGUAUUGUAGGUUAUAUCUUGUUGGUCAUUGGCUUGUCAAAGAAACUAUACAAACAUCAAGAGGAUAAGAAUAACACUUAUAAACUUGGCCGGUUGAUUGUAUUCAUCAGCUUGAUUUGUCAAGUAAGUUUCGAAGAGACAAUACAAUGUGUCGUGAUGUACUACUACAUUGUUCGAUGUUCAGUCAUAUUCAGCUUUUGGAAGACAAGCUUAUUUGUAUGUACAACACUCAGUUUGGUUAUAUCUUGCUACACAUUCUUUAAAGCAGCAUAUCUUUGGUUCAAGAAACAAGAUUCCCUACCUCGGAAAUACCCAUCAUGCCUCGCACCGUGUUACAACUUGGAAGUGUCGCAUGUCGGGUGUGUCAUUUUGUGUGUGUUUGCCAGUCUCCUGACCUUGGCCCUGUUUUCACUAAACAUUGUAACAUUAGUAGACAUUAUUAAAUAUUCUGAAGUUGACGUACCCCAUGUGUUUGCCAAGAAUCGAUUUGGAAACUAUGCACCUGUAAAAAUUACACAGGUUAAAAAACUAGUAAAAUCACAUAGUCAAAAUAUCAUAGAGAAAAUACCAUGUGCCAAUUCAAACUUUGAAGCAAGCCAUUUUCUUGGGGAUCAUUCAUCCCUGAAUUGUACCACAGCAGUUUUUACACUAAACUUUGCAAAACACACAAAGAAGCUGAACUAUAAACUGCAGUAUUGCUACAAAGCAGACAACAGCUGCGUGGAAGUCAAGGCAACCAACAUUACAUUGGAUUAUACUCAUGAUCUGUGUUCACCAUUAGCUCCUGCCUUUGAUUACCUGGGUGAUCCUAGGCAAAUUGUGAAAACAACAAGUGCUAUCAUGACAAAACAAUUGCCAUCGAACAGCAGUAAUACUUGAUCUUAUUGGAAAGUAGAUGCAUUGCAGUACGUAUAGGCAGGCUUUUAGCCAGGCUCCUAAAAGAGGGCGUCCAAUUUUGGUACAACGAUGCAUCUACAGUAGGGGGGUUUGAGAAAAUGUUCCUCUGGAAAA